AUGGAGCAGUCUUCAAAGUUCACUAGCAAGGAAAGCACUGAAGUCCAGGGUGAACUGGACAAGGUUAUUUACAAAAGUGUCUUCUUCACUUUCCACACCUUCCACUUGGAGAGCGGCCACGACUACCUGCUGAUCACUGAGAAUGGCAGCUUUAGCCAGCCCCUGAAGCAGCUCACUGGCUCUCGGCUGCCUGCCUCUUUCAGUGCUGGCCUCUUUGGGAACUUCUCUGCUCAAAUCCGCUUCAUCUCAGACUUCUCCAUUUCGUAUGAGGGCUUCAACAUCACCUUUUCAGAGUAUGACCUGGAGCCCUGUGACGAGCCGGAGGUGCCGGCCCACAGCAUCCGCAAGGGCCUCCAGUUCGGCGUGGGGGAUGUCCUGACCUUCUCCUGCUUCCCUGGGUACCGCCUGGAGGGCGUCUCGCGCAUAACCUGCCUGGGUGGUAGACGGCGUGUGUGGAGUUCGCCUCUGCCAAGGUGUGUUGCUGAAUGUGGCUCCUCCGUCACAGGAACUCAAGGUGUUUUGUUGUCCCCAAACUAUCCACUUAACUACAACAACAACCACGAGUGCAUCUACUCCAUCCAGACACAGCCAGGAAAAGGAAUCCAGCUGAAGGCCCGGGCUUUCAACCUGGAGGCCCGGGAUGUCCUCAAGAUCUAUGAUGGCAGCAACAAUUCCGCCCGCCUCUUGGGCUCCUUCAGCCAAACAGAGAUGUUGGGCCUCACCGUUAACAGCACCUCCAGCACCAUGUGGCUGGAAUUCAUCACGGACAGCAACACCACCAGCGAAGGCUUUGAACUGCAGUUUUCUAGCUUUGAGCUGAUCAAGUGUGAGGAUCCCAGCGUGCCGCAGUUCGGCUACAAGGUGCGUGAUGAGGGGCACUUUGCGGGCAGCACCGUCUCUUUCAACUGCGAUCCCGGCUACACACUGCGGGGGAGCCCCGUGCUGACCUGCUUGACCGGGGAGCGCCGCACCUGGGACCAGCCACUCCCCAUCUGCGUAGCCGAGUGUGGGGGCACCAUCAGGGGUGAGUCUGCCGGAAGGAUCUUGUCUCCAGGCUAUCCAACUCCCUAUGACCACAACCUCAACUGCAUCUGGACUAUUGAGGCAGAGGCUGGCUGCACAAUAGGCCUCCACUUCAUGGUUUUUCACACAGAAGAGUUCCAUGAUGUGCUCAGGAUCUGGGAUGGGCCAGUGGAGAAAGGGAUUCUCCUGAAGGAGGUUAGUGGCUCUGCCAUGCCCAGCGAUGUCCACAGCACCUUCAACUCCGUGGUCCUGCAGUUCAGCACAGACUUCUUCACCAGCAAGCAGGGCUUUGCAAUCCAGUUUUCAG